AUGCACAGUUCUACGAAAGCGGAUAUCCCCCGUUGGUUUCUCGCUCUGGUGCAGGUAACAGGCCAACGUCCGUCUCCCAUUCCCAACACCGGCCACGGCAAAGGAGCUUCUGAUGGAGGACUGUUUCUCGAUUUUCUUUGCCCCCAGCAAUCGCCGAGUCGUAUGGGAUCCUCUCUACCUCGCCCUCAGAAGAAGCUUGCAGCGCGGAGAAGAAGGCCCAACGCGGGCUUCUUACGAUCUUAUACAUCAGCAUCGGGCACCGAGCAAGCUAUUUCAAUGGAAGACACUGCCGCAGACCAAACCGAGCAGCAUUCAGAAGAGUCACUAGAACCACAAUAUUCAUCUAGGAACGAAGACCCAACGCUCGAAGACCGAACGCUCGAAGACCGAACGCUCGAAGACCCAAUGCUCGAAGACCCAACGUUCGAAGACCCAACCCUCGAAGAACUUCAUUGGACAUUACAAGAUCCCACCUCCGAUCAUUUUGACAAGGUCUGGGAUUUAUACCUUGAAGCUGGUAGCCCGCCUGAGUACAAUUCGGAAGUUCUCUAUUAUCUGUCGCGCUCUCCCAACUCCCAGCACCAGGAAUGGGCAUGGAUAGUUUUUCAAAACAUUCCUCACUCCGAACGCACCAAUCGAAAUUACGGACAUAUAAUUGGCUCGCAAUAUCUUUCAGAACCACCUUGGGUUGCUCCCCAUGUGAUAUCCAUUUGCAAACAAGCUCUUUCCACGCCACUAGCCGGUCCCUGUAUUGUCUGGAACCUGCUAUAUGCUGCGAAAAGCGGCAAUUGGUCUCAAAUUUCAGAAAUAUGGAGUUUAACUUCUGAAAUUGAAAGUGACCCAGCACUACACUUGACAGUGUUGGAUGCGUUCAAAAAGAAUUCUUUCCUGGCGAAAGGUCUCCUCGGAUUGGUGGAGUAUCUGGAGCUUGAAAAAGGUGAUCAAAGACUUCUCGCACUUGCUCGUCUAUUCUUUGACCAAGUACUCGCCGACAACUCGCUGUUAUCGGCCGUAACGACAUCCGACUUGCUUCAAGUACUCGAAAAAUACCGACACAUCAGAUCCCUCGAGGAAUCCGACUACAUAGAGGUCAUCGCGCGACUUAAUACCUCAGAUGCAUGGCCUGAGUCCGUGCGGUCUAUCUUCUUUUAUCGCCAGUUUCGCUUGGAGAUUCCAAAUUGGCACCCACCCAAAAAGCUUCUGACCUGCCUUUUUGACCGUGCUGUGGCUUUUGAGAUGUUGGACAGCAUUUUGUACCUUUUGGAAGAAUUGGCUCAUUUUGAGAAAAAACCCUCCAUUGCAGCAUACAGAGAAGCCCUUCAGGCCUUCUCCAAGGCUGGAGAUGUGCACAAGGUACAUUACAUAUUUGACAGGCUUGUGGCAGAUUACGGAAACCCGAAGAGCCGCAGACUCUUGAGCCCGCUCCUUGUUGUUCACGCACAAGUAGGGGAUGUCUACGAGACACAACGGCACUUCGACCGCAUCUCUGCAGAGUUUGGCUUACGCCCGAACACGAUUUGCUGGAACAUUUUGAUCCAGACCUAUGUGGCUGCAGGGGAUGCGUCAGGCGCGGCCUCCGUUUUGACUCGAAUGUUGAACCAAAACGAGACCCCAAGUUCUCACACAUACGGUACAAUCAUGGGGCUUUUUGCCAGACGCAACGAUUUGCUAAAUGUCCGUCAGCUUUUCUACCAAGCGAAGUCGAGCAAUGUGGAAAUUACGUUGCCAAUGGCUCGUAUGCUUUUGCAAGCAUAUCUCAAGAAUGACGAUUAUGAACAAGCGGAGAAGCUUAUCUUCGAUUACUGGCAGUCAGUGAGCGGAGCGACCCCUAUGGCGCUGUUCAACACUCGUUUACGGCACCAUGCCUCCAGAGUCGAGAAACGGUAUUUUACGCGGAUCCUUGGCGCCGCCGACGCACUUGGGCUAGAGCCAGACGCCGGAACGUACGCGGCCAUCAUGUAUGCCCAUGUCAUCACUCGGCAGUCAGGGGAAGCGCGUACUGUACUCCUCAAAAUGGUCGCAGCUGGCAUAGAACCCACUGAAGUACAUUACUCGCUCCUGAUGCUUGCGUACCUGAGUCAUGGCAACCAUAACAUGGUGAACGCCACCUUUCGCGAGAUGCAAGCCCGCCUUGGUAAAGGCAGAAAGGACGCCAGAAUUGUAUAUCUCAAAACGCAGCUUGAGAGAGAUAUAUGGAACGCAAAAAUGACCGACACCCUUGCCGAAGACGUCUCUUUCCCUUACUCAGAAGAGGCACUGAGGGCAUCAACCAACGUUGACAGCGACCCCACACCACCCAAGAUACUGCCAUUGCAUGCCAGUGGCUCUCCCGAGCCACAUGCUCUGACCUUGCAUUACCAUAAUAUGAUCAAAGCAUAUGGCAGUGUAUCUACCGUCGAAAAGACACAUGAAGCUCUUGAUCAUUAUCUCCAGAGUAGGCCGUCUACAAUUUCGCGAGAUCAAAAAAUGGCAGAGUUACCAUUUGACUUGAUCAAGUAUUUGAUGUUGGCUCAUUUGAAAGUCGAGGAAUUCACGGUAGUCGAACAGUACUGGAACAACUUGUGGCCUCGCAUCAUUAGCUUUGCUACCCGCGUUGACCCUGAUCAAUUUUUUUCUGCGGAUUCUGCAAGAGCUGGGAGAGAAGCUGCGGAAAGAGCUGCAAUCGAAGACGCGGAAGCAGCUGCGAAACGAGUUGCGGAUUUGGAAAUCGCUGUGGUGCAGGAGUACAACAAGUUUGAAGAACUGAACUUUACUCCAGGUAACUUUUGA